UUUGCAUUUGGUACCACGUUAAAUGGAAAACAUUAUACUUGGUGUAUUGUUGAUGCCAUGCGUGCAACCGAAUUUACAUGUAACAGUACAGUACAUGUGAAGGACAUCAUGACGGGUUAUCAGGACAUUCUGCAAAACAUCAAGAGUUUGCAGCACUCCAAACUGAGCUACAUAGAGCUUCUUCAAGAGGAGGUGAAGAGAAACCGAGAUAAGAAGUCUGAAGAGGAUGGUGAUGACUCUUCUCAUCCGGCGUCUCGUCCGCCUUCGACCUCUGCACAGAAUCAUCAGUUUACAGCACCCUACUCCAUUCCUCAAGCCCUCGCAGUGUCUGCUAGUCUGGGUGGGCAAGCGAUGUCACCAGAGCUGGCGGUGAGUUUAAGAACGGUUUUGUUCGGGAACACCUUCCACAUAUUCAACUACGAGUGGAAGAAAUCAUUCUUCAAGUUUCGGGAGCCUUUCUCUGAGAUGGCGUAUGCUCUGGAGACCGAGAGGGGGGGAGCGUGUGCUGUUCAGAUGGUGGUUCAGGCUCAUAUUAUUAAAUACUUGCUCUUCAACCGGUCAGCAGACUCAGACUGUACAAUUCAGAGUAUGGUGACUGUAGGAGAGAUGGAGCAGAGGAAGGCACUGGCCGCUGCUCUGACUGAUAUCUUGUGGGCCGCCGGUGAGGAGCAGACGGUCACCGUGUGUUUGGUGACAUCAGAGCGCUGCUUCACGCCACACCUCAACUACAAACUGGACAGCUUCACCGAGAGAUUGCAGCUUUUCACCUUUAAGAAGAAAGAAGAAGCUAGAGCAUUCAUAUAUGAGCACAUCCAAUGUUUCAGGGAAGAAGGAAGCCAUGGAAUCAUACUCUUUCUUUAUAGCCUUAUCUUCUCCAGGACAAUCGACAGGAUACAGACAGACUUGGAUUGUACCACCACACAACUUUUGCAUCUUCGCUUUGGCAAUUUUGUUUGCCGACAGGCUUUAAUAAACCUGCUGUUGACGGGCCGUGCGACUCCUCAUGUCUUCAAUGGUACAUCUCAUAACAAAGAGCAAGACAAACCUCUCUAUGGGGUUCUGACCCGCAGCAAUGUCGGAUAUCUGCUCUGGAACAGGGAUCAAGUCAACCAUGCACAGCUCCCACAGGUGGGCAGCAUGCUGAAAACCCCCAAGCUGCCUAUCUGGGUGUGCAACAUCAAUGGCACCUACAGUGUUUUGUUCGGCACAAACUGUUCACUGCUCUCUGACUGGAAGAUGGAGCAUCUUUUCCAGCUUUAUUUCUACAAUGGCCAACCGACUCAGCUCAACACAACAACACUCUCUAUAGAUACACAUUCCCAUCACUGGGAGGCUGACAAUAGUGAUAUUCAGGGAGACCCAGAGAAAAAGUUUCCAUCUCUGGAGAUGACCAUUCGGACCAAGUGGGAAGGCGCUGUGAUUGACUGGAAUGGGACGGUGCCUUUUUUCUGAAGCAUUCAGGAGUGCCUAAUAUAUAGACUACCUCUUCUGGUGUGCAAUGGUUUUAAUUCUUGUCUUGUAAAUAUUAUAAUUGCCCCUAACAACACUCAUGUUUGACUAUAAUAACCAACAAUAUGUAGGGUGACCAUAUUUAGUUUGCAAAAAAGGUAACACAUGUGUUAAAACCAUGAUGAAGUACAUUUAGGGGGUUGUUCAAUCAAAUCCAGACAGGCUUAUAAGACUGAAGGGCUUUAUUCUGUGUAAACAACCGUUCUGCAUGUACUUCUAUCCUGCUUAUUACAUGGCUACUUUCAACAAAACAUAAAAAUUAGACACAAAACAUUGUUCAUAGCCUCAAUGGUUCAUAAUUCUGUAAUUAAACACAAAGCUGACGGAAACGAAAACAGCUGAACGGAGUAUACACUAACCUGCGCAUUAUUCAGUUCAACUCAUGUUUAUUUCUCUGAAUCAUCUGUUGAACUGCAUCCCAACCAUCACAGAUAUUGCAGCUGACCUAUUGGAACCCACAUGGACCCAAUAUUCUCAUUGAAAUCAGUCAAGUUUGGUGAUUGGAAAAAGCAUGGUUUGGGGUUACAUUCCGUAUGGGGGCACACAAGAGAUCUGCAGAGUGGAUGGCAACAUCGACAGGAUAUCAAGGCAUUUGUGCUGCCCAUUACAUUAGUCGUAAUGGUUUGUAGUUCUGUAAUAAAACACAAAGCUGACAGAAACCAAAACAGCUGAACGGAGUAUACACUAACCUGCGCAUUAUUCAGUUCAAUUCAUGUUUAUUUCUCUGAAUCAUCUGUUGAGCUGCAUCCCAAUCAUCACAGAUACUGCAGAUGACCUAUUGGAACCCACAUGGACCCAAUAUUCUCAUUGAAAUCAGUCAAGUUUGGUGAUGGAAAAAACAUGGUUUGGGGUUACAUUCCGUAUGGGAGCACACAGGAGAUCUGCAGAGGGGAUGGCAACAUCGACAGGCCUGGGAUAUCAAGGCAUUUGUGCUGCCCAUUACAUUAGUCGUAAUGGUUUGUAGUUCUGUAAUUAAACACAAAGCUGACAGAAACCAAAACAGCUGAACGGAGUAUACACUAACCUGCGCAUUAUUCAGUUCAAUGUUUACUUCUAUAGCGCUUUUACAAUGUAGAUUGUGUCAAAGCAGCUUAAGUCUAGUCCAGUUUUCAGUGUUGAAGUUCAGUUCAGUGUGGUUUAAAUUUCACUGCUGAAAGUUCAAACGCUGAAGAGCAAAUCCAUCGAUGUCCACAAGUCCCAAACCAAGCAAGCCAGUGGCGACAGUGGCGAGGAACAAACUUCACCAAUUGACGAAAGUGAAGGAAAAAACCUCAAGAGAAACUUGGGCACGACCAUUUCUCCUCUGGCCAAACAUCCUGGGCAGAGCUGCAGUCUUGGUGCCGGAGAACGCUGGACGUCUAUCGUGGUGUUCAGGCUGGCCUAUAGGAUCAAUGCAAAGACUCGUCUGUCACUGUGUUCUUCCAGGAGUAAGUCUCAUGCUCUCCACUCCUCCAUGAGCGCCACAGCAUCAGCUCAGAAUACGGCCUGGUCCAGGAUUAUGGAUACCUUGGCAUCAUUUCUUUGCAUAAUCUCUUGAGGCCUCGGGAUGAGUAUCCUCAGGUGGAAAUAGAAAAUAAAGAUACUAAUUAGCGUAGCUGCUGUUUAUAGUGUAUAUAAACACGAGAUGCAAAAAUAUACUAUAAAUGAAAAUAAUAGUUUUAUAGAUAAACAUAGAAACAAGCAUGUAAAGCAUAUGAGUAUUCAGUCACAAGAUGGCGCCAAACAGUCCAAUACGCAAAGUUGUUAUGACAAAUAAUAGUACAACAAUGAUUCUACAAUGAUUUUACAACUCACCACAGUUCAAGGUAUUGGAAGAGCCAAGCGAAGGUUUAGAAAAUCAGGCUUUAGAUAUUUUUGAAUUCCUGUCCCAAUGGUCAGGAAGUUUUUGUUAUGUUACUUGUUAAAAUCUGAUUUGCACAUGUCACUUCUGUUUACUUCUUUCCUAGCGCCUCUAGGGUCUUUCUUUCAUAGUGUUGCUGUGCUUCAGUUUGGAUCUGAUAUAUGGGUUCAAGUUGCUAGUAUCAAAUCUCAAGGCUAAUCGCUGUUCUUAAGUCAAGUGUCAAGUAAUGACAGAAAAGGCUAUCGUAUCAUGUUGCAGGCUUUAAUCAUUAAGUCAACACUGUUGGGAAGUAGCUAGCUACUAGCAUAGUUAGAUUUUUUCUGUAGUUCGACAGUAGCUACUUAUUAAUCAAUGGAGCUUUUUUCAGUAGUUAACUAUUGGAACGAUAAUUAUUGUGAACGGCGCUGUACAAGUAAACUUGAAUAGAAUUUUUUCAACAAAGUGCUACACUACCUGAAAAAAGUCUUGUCGUCGAUCCCAGUUUCCAAGAGUAACAAAUAAUAACUUGACUUCUAUUUGAUCAUUUGGAAAGCAGACAGAAUGCAGACAUGUUUCUGAUGAAUCCUCUGUUGAGCUGCAUCCCAAUCAUCACAGAUACUGCAGACCUAUUGGAACCCACAUGGACCCAAGAUUCUUAUAGAAAUCAGUCAAGUUUGGUGAAGGAAAAAUCAUGGUUUGGGGUUACAUUCCGUAUGGGGGCACACAAGAGAUCUGCAGAGUGGAUGGCAACAUCGACAGGCCUGAGAUAUCAAGGCAUUUGUGCUGCCCAUUACAUUACAAACCACAGGAGAGGGCAAAUUCUUCAGACGUCCCCCUCACUUUUUGAGACAGACCAUUUAGAAACAGGUGAUUACGAAUGUAAACUUUUGGAUUUCACACAGCUGUCCCUCCACUUUUAAAAUGUCCACUACACCCCAGGACAUGCGCUAUGAGUAAAUUAAAUAAGCUAAAUUGUCCGUAGUGUAUGUGUGUGAAUGUGUGAGUGUAUGGGUGUUUCCCAGUACUGGGUUGCGGCUGGAGUGGCAUCUGCUGCGUAAAACGUGCUGGAUAAGUUGGCGGUUCAUUCCGCUGUAGCGACCCCUGAUGAAUAAAGCGACUAAGCGGAAGGAAAAGGAAUGAAUGAAGUACAUUUCAUUAAUGCUCUUUCCCUUGUUUGUACUGUCUGUACUGUGUAACUAGCUACUGUACUUUUAAUGUAGCUAACAACUUUGGUACAAGGGUAGUUUGACUGUAGCUUAACUACUUUAACUGACGUAUGGCUCAAUUAUAUUCAUAACACUUUACUUGUACCCGUGUGGUAAUUGAUGGUACAUAUAAGGAGCAUUUGAAGUGGAUCAUCACCUUUCAUCAAAGUUGUCCUCAAAUUA